UUUUAAUCCUUCUUGUUUCUUCUUCUUUCUGUUUUCCCCAAUGGCCUUUUACUUUGCUGAGGGAGAAGAUUAUUAUGAGUUCCAAUCUAAUUCAUGUCCCAAGGGAUUCUCCUGUGGAAGUUUGGGUUAUCUGGAGUUCCCUUUUACUCAACACACCCACCCUCAUUGUGGUCUAAUCAGAGUAGAUUGUGAUGCUAAACCUCUCCCAAAAGUCCAGUUGGGAAUGGGGGGAGAUUCGUAUCAGUUUGUGAAUAUAUACUCUGUUGCAAAUAGCACCAUUCUUAUCCUUGAAGACUCAAAGCUUCAGAGACUUUUCGAUACCCAUAAUUACUCAAAUUUAAACUAUAGCCUCCAAUUCCCGUAUUCUCCUUCUAUCACAUUCAGCAAUUUUCCAACAAAUUCAUUCAAAGUCAUUCGUAAAUGCAAUAACAGUCCAGCUGAUGAUAUCUUCAAUUAUGAGAGGAAUUACUGUUUUCAAGGAUUCGGUUUGUUCUAUAAAAACGCAUUGGUUCCACAGAAGAAUCCCAAAUGUGUUGCUGAUAAGUGUACCAUGUAUCCAACUCCAAUUCUCGUUAAACAAACAAAUGCUCUGUUAACUCCUCUAUUUGGAAUGGUAUUCCAACUCUCAGAAGCUUGCCAUGAGUGUUACUAUGGAGGAGGGCAAUGUACAGCAGACAGCAGCAAUGAAUUCCAUUGUGCAAAAGAUCAAGCCAUUUGAACCCGGAGGCCCUUCAGAAGAACAAAUAUAUAAGUUCUUCUUUGAAGAUCAAGCUAGUAGAGAUCCGGGGGCCCUUCAAUGGAGCGUCAAGACAUCAAUUGAAGAAUCAGAGGAUCAUCCAGAGAUAUUGUACCCACACCCCAUAUUGAUAUAUCAUAUUGUAACAUGAAUUUUGAAUCCUACAUAUAUAUAUUCAAA